UGUCGGCUGCUCGGCAGGCCGCCCUGCCCCGCCCCGCCCCGACAGUCGCCAUGAGCGCCCCGGGGAAGGACAACUGCCGCCUGAAGAGCUACAAGAACAAAUCCCUGAACCCCGACGAGAUGCGCCGGAGGAGGGAGGAGGAAGGCCUCCAGCUCCGCAAGCAGAAAAGAGAAGAGCAGCUGUUCAAACGCAGAAAUGUGGCCACGGCAGAGGAAGAGGCGGAGGAGGAAGUCAUGGCGGACGGGGGCUUCCACGAGGCCCAGGGCAACAACAUGGAGAUGGCGGCGUCGGGUGGCGUCAUCACGGCCGACAUGAUCGACAUGAUAUUCGCCACCGGCCCCGAGCAGCAGCUGGUGGCCACCCAGAAGUUCCGGAAGCUGCUGUCCAAAGAACCCAACCCGCCGAUCGACGAAGUCAUCAACACGCCGGGCGUGGUGGCCAGGUUUGUGGAGUUCCUCAAACGCAAAGAGAAUUGCACAUUACAGUUCGAAGCGGCCUGGGUGCUGACCAACAUCGCCUCGGGGAACUCCCUCCAGACGCGGGUGGUCAUCCAGGCCGGGGCCGUGCCCGUCUUCAUCGAGCUGCUCAGCUCCGAGUUCGAGGACGUGCAGGAACAGGCGGUGUGGGCGCUGGGAAACAUCGCGGGCGACGGGACCGUCUGCAGGGACUUCGUGCUGGACUGUACCAUCCUCCCUCCGCUCUUACAGUUGCUGUCGAAGCAGAACCGCCUGACCAUGACGCGGAACGCCGUCUGGGCCCUGUCCAACCUCUGCCGGGGAAAGAACCCGCCGCCCAAUUUCGCCAAGGUGUCCCCCUGCCUCAGCGUGCUGUCCUGGCUGCUGUUCGUCAACGACACGGACGUGCUGGCGGACGCUUGCUGGGCGCUCUCCUACCUGUCCGACGGGCCCAACGACAAGAUCCAGGCCGUCAUCGACGCGGGCGUCUGCCGCAGGCUCGUGGAGCUGCUCACGCACGGUGACUACAAGGUGGUGUCUCCCGCCCUCCGGGCCGUGGGGAACAUCGUCACGGGCGACGACGUCCAGACCCAGGUGAUCCUGAACUGCUCGGCCCUGCAAAGCCUCCUGCACCUGCUGAGCAGUCCGAAGGAGUCCAUCAAGAAGGAGGCGUGCUGGACCGUCUCCAACAUCACCGCGGGCAACCGGGCCCAGAUCCAGACCGUGAUAGACGCCACCAUCUUCCCCGCCCUCAUCACCAUCCUCCAAACGGCCGAGUUCCGGACCCGGAAAGAGGCGGCCUGGGCCAUCACGAACGCCACCUCCGGGGGCUCGGCCGAGCAGAUCAAGUACCUGGUGGACCUGGGCUGCAUCAAGCCGCUGUGCGACCUGCUGACGGUGAUGGAUGCCAAGAUCGUCCAGGUGGCACUGAGCGGGCUGGAGAACAUCCUGCGGCUCGGAGAGCAGGAGGCCAAGCGCGGAGGGACCGGCAUCAACCCCUACUGCGCCGCCAUCGAGGAGGCCUACGGCCUGGACAAGAUCGAGUUCCUGCAGAGCCACGAGAACCAGGAGAUCUACCAGAAGGCCUUCGACCUGAUCGAGCACUACUUCGGGACGGAGGACGAGGACAGCAGCGUGGCCCCGCAGGUGGACUUGAGCCAGCAGCAGUUCAUCUUCCAGCAGUGCGAAGCCCCCAUGGAAGGCUUCCAGCUCUGAGCCCGCCCCCGGCCCCGGACCCCCGCCCGGAAGGAGCCAAUCCCAACUGACGGAGAGAGGCGGGAAGGCCGGUGCGGAAAGAAGCUACGCGACCCCACCCCAGACACCCCCGGCCUCCGGUCCGGAGGGGCCUCGGCCGGCCGCCCGCUUCCCGCGUCGCGCCCGGCGGGCACCGUGCCCGCCGCCGCCGGCACCUCACAGACUGCAGCGCUCGCUCUGGGGUCGAGGGGGGCACACGCCCGGCGCUUCCCCCGCCCCCAGUCGACCGGCGUUCUCGCCAGGCCCCCCACCCACCCCCCCACCC